CAAGUCACUGCCUGGAGGCGGAAACAAGUGGGAGCGGCCCGAGUUAGUCCCGCCCCGGAAGUAGGUGAAAGCCGCGCCCUCUAAAGUCGCCCGGCCGUCUUUCACUUGGAUUGCGGCUGCGGCCGGUCCUGGCUUUGUAGCGCGCUCAAGAUGGCGGUGCAGCCAUCAAGCGGGAUCCGCCUCAGCGCGCUUUGCCCGAAGUUUUUACACACAAAUUCUACUAGUCAUACCUGGCCGUUCAGUGCAGUUGCUGAAUUAAUAGAUAACGCUUAUGAUCCUGAUGUGAAUGCUAAACAGAUAUGGAUCGACAAAACAGUGAUAAAUGACAAGAUCUGCUUGACAUUUACUGAUAAUGGGAAUGGCAUGACAUCAGAUAAGUUACACAAAAUGCUCAGCUUUGGCUUCAGUGACAAAGUUACCAUGAAUGGUCAUGUCCCAGUUGGAUUGUAUGGGAAUGGCUUCAAGUCAGGUUCUAUGCGCUUGGGUAAGGAUGCAAUGGUUUUUACCAAAAAUGGAGAAAGCAUGAGUGUGGGCUUCCUAUCACAGACCUACUUGGAAGUCAUCAAAGCAGAACAUGUGGUUGUCCCGAUCGUUGCGUUCAACAAGCACCGGCAGAUGAUUAAUUUAGCAGAAUCAACAGCGAGCCUUGCUGCAAUUCUAGAACAUUCUCUGUUUCCUACGGAACAGAAGCUGCUGGCAGAACUUGACGCAAUUAUGGGUAAGAAGGGGACACGCAUCAUCAUUUGGAAUCUUAGGAGCUACAAAAAUGCUACAGAGUUUGAUUUUGAAAAGGAUAAAUAUGACAUCAGGAUUCCUGAGGAUUUAGAUGAGACCACAGGGAAGAAAGGGUACAAGAAGCAAGAGAGGAUAGACCAGAUUGCCCCCGAGAGUGACUAUUCCCUGAGGGCUUAUUGCAGUAUAUUAUACCUAAAGCCAAGGAUGCAGAUCAUCUUGCGUGGACAGAAAGUGAAGACACAGCUAGUAUCGAAGAGUCUUGCCUACAUUGAACGUGAUGUUUAUCGACCUAAAUUUUUAACUAAAACAGUGAGAAUUACUUUUGGAUUCAACUGCAGAAAUAAAGAUCAUUAUGGGAUAAUGAUGUAUCACAGAAAUAGACUCAUCAAAGCUUACGAAAAAGUUGGAUGUCAGCUAAGGGCAAAUAACAUGGGUGUUGGAGUAGUUGGAAUUAUAGAGUGUAAUUUCCUGAAGCCAACUCAUAAUAAGCAAGAUUUCGACUACACUAAUGAGUACAGGCUUACAAUUACAGCACUAGGAGAAAAACUGAAUGAUUACUGGAAUGAAAUGAAAGUAAAGAAGAAUUCAGAAUAUCCUCUAAGUUUGCCAGUUGAAGAUAUACAGAAACGACCCGACCAGACAUGGGUUCAGUGUGAUUCCUGUCUAAAGUGGCGAAAAUUACCAGAUGGGAUAGAUCAACUUCCAGAAAAAUGGUAUUGCUCCAAUAACCCUGACCCACAGUUCAGAAAUUGUGAUGUUCCCGAAGAACCUGAAGAUGAAGACUUGGUACAUCCCACAUAUGAGAAAACCUACAAAAAGAACCACAGGGAAAAAUUCAGGAUCAGACAGCUGGAAAUGAUCCCUCAGAUUAACGCUGAGCUGUUGCACAGGACAACUUCUGUGCCCCGUCAGAGUUUUUCUCCUGCAAAAGAAAGUGUUCCAAGAGCACACUUUCCAGAAGUCGCGAAUUCUUACCCUACAAGAAUUCUGAACAAUCAUCGCGUUUCACCCCAGUCCGACCCUGAGAACAAUGGCCCGAAACGGAAACUUCCUCGUUCCUCAAUUUUGAAUGCAAAGAAUCGGCGAUUGAGUAAUCAGACAUUUGAAAAUUCUUUUAAAAAUGAUGAUGAUGAUGAAGAUGUCAUCAUCUUAGAAGAAAAUAGCACUCCCAAACCUGCCAUAGACCUGGACACAGAAGCCAAGCCGGAACAGAGUCACAUUAAACAGGGCGGCCUUCAGGUUGAGAUUGUGGACGACGCCGAACUCCAGGACCACAGCGGUUCCACAGACACCUCCUCCCCGAAGUGCGAUCAGGGCACUGCUGCAGCCACCCAGACCGAGCCGCCAGCUUUAAUGGUUAAAAAGGAGGAGACUGUUGAAGAUGUGAUAGACUCGAGGAAUGACACAGUGAUGCUACCUGUCCCCGGGGAUGCUGGUGCGCAGAUGCAGGACGUACAGGAAACCGUUGACAAGUCUGUGGACAGUGCUAGCUGUCAGUUGCAGGUACUGAGGAACGAACUCCUUCUGGUCACCCAAGAGAGGGACAGCUGUAAGAGACAGUGUCACAUGCUUACUGACCAAAUCAAAGUAUUGCAGGAGAAGAUCCUAGCAGUGAACGACAAAUGUGUCAAGAAGGAAGUUUGCCAUCAGUCUAUGGAGACUGAUCCAGUAUUUUUAUUUGAAAGUAUUAAUGGCAAACCUGAAAGUCCAGCCCAUACAGCCUCUCAGUACCAGCAGGCUUUGGAAGAAAUAGAAAGGCUGAAAAAACAGUGUAGUGCUUUGCAACAUGUAAAGGCUGAGUGUAGUCAGUGUUGUAAUCCCGAGAGUAAAAGGGACAUGGACGAAAUGGCUGUGCAGCUGGACCAUGUCUCUAAACAGCUGGACAGGUGCAUCGUUGAGCGGGACCAAUACAAGACCGAGAUUACGUUAUUGGAAAUGGAAAAAUCACAAAUUCAUUCCCAAUGUGAACAACUUAAAACAGAAAUUGAGCAGUUAAAAUCUACAAGGCGACAAAUGGGAACAGAUGUUUCAACUUCAAAUAACAUCAAGGAGCCUGUAAAUCACUUGGAUGGGGAAAGCCUCAAGCUUCGAUCUCUGCGCGUCAACGUGGGGCAGCUGCUGACUAUGAUUGUUCCUGAUCUUAAUCUCCAGCAAGUGAAUUACGACGUUGAUGUGGUUGACGAGAUCUUGGGGCAGGUUGUGGAACAAAUGAGUGAAAUCAGUAGUACAUAAGACAGACCUCAAGGGAAAUAAUAAAACAUGUACCCAGUCCUUGGCGGUGUAUAGCUUUCACAUGUACAUAGUUUGGUUUUAUAGAUAAGGUGGACAAGGUGGACGGACGGCCGGCUGCAGAACCCUCAUCUUCACUGCACUUCAUGCACAGAAUGCUGUGAUGCCGUGCUAUUUACUUUGUGAAAUAAACACCUAUGAAUGGUUGCAUCGGGCAGCUGAAUGGCUAACUUAGGAUUGCGUUUUGAAUGUAAAUAUUUGUAAUUAAGCCUACACAUAUUUUUUUAUUGCUCUGAAGUACGUGUUUUUCACCAAGAGCUUUUCAAGUUAUCCCUAAGCUUGAUGCAGUUUUUUUCUUGUUUCCAAAAGUAUUUUUCUCCGAAUUGAUGGCUGUCCCCAUAAUACAAACAUGAAACAAUACCACCUUUGGUUUUCUUAAAAUAUGAUUGAUAAGAUUUUUUGCCAGGAUUUUUCUGGUGCUGAAAUUGCCAACAGGCUUAAAUACAAAGUGUUUUUAUAGGACAAAGAAAUGAUCUUCAGUAAAAGUAUUAAAAAUAGUAAGUGGAUCACCAGGUUUACUUUAAAGCCCAUUUUGGGCUGUUUAUUCAGCAUGGAAUGGGCACUAUCAUUAUUUAAUAUUUCUUUCUGUGAAAUUUCCUCUCUAGCGUUGUGUAAGGUUACUACAGAUUAACUUAAGUUGAAGAAGACAGUCUUUCUUGAACAGUUGCUGCAUACUUCGACCGUACUCCAGAUCUCAGCAUGCUGCAUCCAGGAGCCUGCAGCAUACUGCCCUGGGGUUAUAGUAUUUCAGGCCAGAAGAUAGGUUUCAUUGGUUUCAUGGUUGUGCAAUCCUAACAAGGCUUUCUAUUAAAUAUAUAACUGUAUAUAAUUAAGAAUCAUAUUUUCCACAACAAAAUAAGCGUUAUUUUUUCCAAAGGUUUAUCAUUGCUAUUUAUUUUUACUUUUAUUUCUGAAAAUUCAACACAUACUCAUUUUGUAUGUUUGUUUAAUUACAUGUACAUCAUAUAUAAUGAAAAAAAUGUAUAAUACCUUGUGGAAGGAACAAGUAAAUGGAGGUUGUUUUUAUUUGCUUGUUCAGUAAUUGAAAGUGUAUUUUUGGUAUGAAGCUGGGAUUCUGUCACAGUUGUAACUUCCCAAAUUUAAAAAAAUCUUAUAAUAAAAAUAUAUGAUGGCUAA